AUGUCGGAGAAGCUGAGGCAAUGUGUGCGUCUACCCUCCACCUCCUUCCUCGCAUCCCCUCUGACCGAUCACGCCGCUAGCUGCUUCCCAGGCGUCCACUACGACCUCCUCUCAAACCUUCCCCUCCGCGAACCCGUCCCCCUCUCCAAAGACUUCCAACCACCCGUCCCCAUCACCGACGACCUUUGCUGGCAGCACGGUAUGAACGUCGAGUUCAUGCCCUUCACGCGCUACGCGAGUGCGAUGUGGGAUAACUCGAUCGAGCGGCUGCGCAAGCUGGACCCGGCGGCGAACUUGGAUACGCAAUAUAUGGUUUUCUAUCCGCUUCUAAUGCCCGUGUAUCUGGCCACGUACGACGUCGUGGGGAAGGAGCUGAGCGAGUACACGCUCGUCCUGGACGCCCGCUCACGCAAGACCGCCACCACCAGCAUCUUCGCCGGCGCCUUCGCCGACUACGCCUACACCCUGCAGCGCGUCGGGCGUCGGGCGCCCUCCAAGUGGUCCCGCCGCCUCUCUCCCCUUCGCUCGUACUUCGACAAACCCUUCCGUACCCUCUUCCUCACCGACGAGAUGUUCGCCGAGCCGGCGCGUAAGUCGGGCAGGCGAGAGGCCCCGCUGGAGCAGGACAUGCGGAUCCGGCCGUGGACGGAGGAGGAGUUUUCGGCGAAUCUGGCUGUGCAUAAGACACUUUUGCAUAUGAGCAGUGGGCGCCAGUUAUUGACGGAGUUGCAAACGCAGCCACCGCCGAGCAAUGCGCUUGAGGCGAGGAAGCACCGACAGAUGGUCGACCAGCAAGCAGCGAUGGUGCGGUCUCUCAGCACCGAGAACCUUUAUCCGGAGUGGUGGAAGACGUGGGCGAAGGCGAACCGGAGGCGGUUGGAGGCGUAG